AUGCUUGCCAGAAUCCUCUUCGUUCUUCUGCUAGCCCCAACCGCCUAUUCUCUGAUUUGCAACAGUUGCGACAGCUUCCUGAGCUGCAAUACACCGUUCCCCGAGACUUGUCCACCACGAGCACAUUGUUACACACUGAAAAAGCAUGGCACAGGAGAAAUCAUCAUGAAGGGAUGCGUUCAUUCUUGCGCCAAUUUGCCAUAUACGGAAAACGCGCACUGCGAGACUUGCCAUCACGCCGAUUUCUGCAAUAGUGGAGGAGUUCCUAUUGGUAACGGAGCUGGAUUCGACACCAGCCACCACUCAAUUGGCGGAGGAGCUGCACCAUACUACGACAUUGGCCACGGCGUUUAUCCGCGAAAUGGCGCCCCAACGUUUGCUGCUUCAAUUGCCACAAUACUCAUUGCCAAAUUUCUAGUAUUCUAA